AUGAUUGAUGAUCUCCGAAGGUUGCCUUCUUCUAAAUUUGCGCUAUCUCUAAUAGACAAGAUGGAGAAGUCCAGCGUGGGAAACACCUGUCCUGUUGGUCCACGCCUUGACUUCGAUUUCAUUCCAAAGAGCGUCAGCGAAAUGCGAAAGGAGGCUCCAGCAAAACCAAUGCUGAUCGGGUGCUGCGCUUCAGAAGGGCUCAUCUUUUUGGGUUUCGAGAAGCAUCCUUUUCUCAGCACUAUUAUGGAGCAGAUCUCGCGGCUCAUUCCUGAAAAGCAUCAACCUCGCCUGUUCAAGAAGUUACGCGAGGAG